AUGUCAGCUCUAUUCAGGGGAGAUGUAGUCCUCCGUUCCUCAAUACGACCUCAAAAGACCAUUCUUAUCCCUUCACAUAAUCUCUUCUCAACAUCAACAAUCUACCGAUCUCAACCAAUCCCAAAAAGUGGCUUAUUAAAAGGCCUCUUCACUAUCGCUCGCGCAUACCUGAGUUUCUACAAAUCAGGCAUCUUCAACGUCUACCACAAUUAUCGCGCUUCGAUACCUAUUCGCAGAACCCUGGGUUUAUCUAUACUCAUACCUACAUCCCCUCCGUACAAUAUUUCUCGUCUACGGUCCUUGAAAUCAAAUACUCAAUCCUCGAGUCCUACUUCCAAUGCUUCUCCUACUUCCAAGGAGAAUGAGACGGUUGUUGGUAGAGCACAAUACCAAUUAACCCACCGCUCUGCACUGGACAUUCGUCGUCUCAUCCCUUUUGCAGCAAUUGUCGCUAUCUGUGGAGAAUUCACACCUUUACUCCUACCUUAUCUUGGUAAAUCAAUCACACCAUCAACAUGUCGAAUCCCAGAUCAAUUACAUAAGGAGCGUGAAAAGGCUAUCGCUUUGAAGUUGUUUACUUUACACGCUCAGGCAUAUCUUGAUAAAGUACCCUGUCCAGUCGAAGGGUCUCGUGAGGAAAUUAGGUAUAUUAUGAAAUACCUUAAUGUCGACUGGGUUAGAAAAGCGGAUAAUGACGCGGUGCUACGCGCUUGUGCGGUGCUUAAGUUGUCCACUACGUAUGAACGGCGUAACUGGAUUGGGGCGGAUUUUGGGGUCUUUUGGGAUUUUCUCGUCUUUGCAUCCCUGAGACCUAGGUUGUUGAGACAUGUGAACUAUUUGGAGACUGAUGAUGCGCUUAUCAGACAAGCUGGUGGUCCGUCACAGCUCAAUGAGAAAGAGCUUCAGCUUGCGGUUGAGGAACGAGGUGCUGUGGAUGUGGGUUGGGGCUUGGGGGAGAAGGCUGAGGGGGUGAGAAAGGAUUGGUUGAUGAUGUGGUUAGAGGAGAGGAGUGAACAUUGA